AAUGUUUAAUUCCCACAAUUAUUUAUUCUCCCUUGUUCUCGUAAGUGUGUGUCUGAGAGGCUUUCGCAGUUUUAAGCGCAACUUCCUCUCAGUCAUCGGUGAGUGCUCUCUGUCGUCAGCCUCAGCCCGCAGAGGAGGGCUGACACUGUCACAGCCACUGAACUUCCCGUCAAGACACAGCACAGGCGAGAAGAGCUGCCGCUGACAAAAAAAGGGGAACGACAUCGGGGCUUGUCGAGAGGAAAGGACGCACUCCGGUCUACAAGGCUUCUGGGCAGAGAAACUGUGCCAUUGUCCUCCAGCUGAGGGCGAGUGGAGACAGGUCUGGUGCUCUGCUAAUUAGCCUGCGUGGGUCCCUGCAGAGAGAGACAGCAGCGCAGCUAGCUGCAGCACAGAGCGACUUGCACAGGGUGUGAGUGAUUGAGGGGCUUGUUUUAGCCACAAUCGGGACAUUUAUCUGGCAAACUGAUGGUAGGUUUACUAAUGGGAGCAUUUAUCCGAUAGUCAUCCCUCCUUACGUCUACCCCCCGUCGAACCCUGGCUCGGAUUCGCUACUCGGGCGCUGUCCUCGCCGGGGGGUGCCGGAUCACCAUCGCCCGGUCCAGCUAACUCCAGGCGGCGGUUCGGUCCCCCUCACCCCUGCCCUGUAUCGCCUGUCUGCCGCUCUGGCCGACCCUAGCCGAGCCCGAACAUGGCAGGGAACUUGAAGAAAGGCGGGGGGCUCAUCGGAAUGAUGAAGGAUGCCUUUCAGCCACACCACCACCACCUCCACUCCCAUCACCAGCCUGGGGCCGUGGACAAAAAGACGGUGGAGAAAUGCUGGAAACUGAUGGACAAGGUGGUGCGCCUGUGCCAAAACCCCAAAUUGGCUCUGAAGAACAGCCCCCCUUACAUCCUGGAUCUGCUGCCAGACACCUACCAGCACCUGCGCACCAUCUUGUCUCGCUACGAAGGCAAAAUGGAAACAUUGGGGGACAACGAGUACUUCCGGGUUUUCAUGGAGAACCUAACCAAGAAGACCAAGCAGACCAUCAGCUUGUUCAAGGAGGGCAAAGAACGCAUGUAUGAAGAGAACUCACAACCCAGACGGAACCUCACCAAGCUGUCGUUGAUCUUCAGCCACAUGCUGGCUGAGCUGAAGGCCAUCUUCCCCAAUGGUCUGUUUCAGGGUGACAACUUCCGCAUCACAAAGGCAGAUGCCGCAGAGUUCUGGAGGCGCGCCUUCGGGGACAAUUUGCUGUUUUACAGGACCAUAGUGCCUUGGAAGGUGUUCCGUCAGUCUCUUCAUGAGUUUCAUCCCAUCAGCUCCGGACUGGAGGCCAUGGCCCUGAAGUCCACCAUAGACCUCACCUGCAACGACUACAUCUCUGUCUUUGAGUUUGACAUCUUCACCAGGCUAUUUCAGCCUUGGUCAUCCCUGCUGCGGAACUGGAACAGCUUGGCAGUUACUCACCCGGGGUACAUGGCCUUCCUCACCUACGAUGAGGUCAAAGCACGGCUGCAGAAGUUCAUUCACAAGCCUGGCAGUUACAUCUUCCGCCUGAGUUGCACACGGCUGGGUCAGUGGGCAAUCGGUUAUGUGACAGCAGAUGGAAACAUACUCCAAACCAUUCCCCACAAUAAACCCCUCUUCCAGGCCCUCAUAGAUGGCUUCAGGGAAGGAUUCUAUUUAUUCCCUGACGGCCGGACCCAAAACCCUGACCUGACAGGACUGUGUGAGCCUUCGCCUCAAGACCACAUCAAAGUCACACAGGAGCAAUAUGAGCUGUACUGUGAGAUGGGCUCCACUUUCCAGCUGUGUAAGAUCUGUGCCGAGAAUGACAAGGAUGUGAAGAUUGAGCCCUGUGGUCAUCUCAUGUGCACCUCGUGUCUGACUGCUUGGCAGGAGUCAGAGGGUCAGGGAACGGGAUGUCCCUUCUGUCGCUGUGAGAUUAAGGGUACAGAGCCCAUUGUUGUGGAUCCUUUUGACCCCAAGGACAACAGCGGGGGCUCCUGCAGGGGCACAUUUGGGGCUGAGGGUGCUCCGUCACCCAGCUAUGACGAUGAUGAUGACGACAGACUUGAAGACCCCCACCUCAUGAUGAGCAAACUUGCCUGUACAAAGGUGGAGCGCCCCCCAUCACCCAUGUCCAUGGCUCCUCAGUCCUCUCUUCCCCCUGUGCCACCCAGACUAGACCUGCUACCGCACAGACCUCCCAAUCCCCCCGGCGCCUCCAGUCCGGGGGUCACCACAAAGGCAGCAUCUCACCACAAAGACAAGCCUCUUCCCCUCCCCCCAGCACUGAGGGAUCUUCCCCCUCCUCCUCCUCCGGACCGGCCCCACACAGCUGGGACAGCCCCCGAUGGACGGCUGCAGAGACGGCCCUUACCGUGCACUCCCGGGGAGCCCCCUCGAGAUAAGCUCCCUCCUACACCUCCAAACCGGCCCCUGGCUGACUGGAACUCUAGGCCUGUUCCCAAGGCCCCCACCUCCUCUUCAUCAUCCUCGUCCUCAUCUUCCUCGUCCUCCCAAGUGUCUAGUCUGGGAGGGGACAUUCGAGCAGGUGUCAGGGAACUUUCCAACCGACACUCCCUCCCCUUGGCGCUGCCCUCUGCUCUGGACACCCGCUCCGACUCGCAGAAGAACAACAGCUCCCUCAGUCUGGAUCACCAGCUGAAUUUUGCCGCAGCCGGUCAAGAUUAUGACAACCCCAAAGUCAAGCCCUCAGCCUCAGCCAACGCCAUCUAUUCACUGGCAAGCAGACCGUCUCAAGCCCUGAGGGCAGUGACAGGAGAGGAGGCACGGGACAGCGAGGAGGAGUCGGAGUACAUGAUCCCCUCCUCGCGCCCUGUCCUGCCCCCUAUCACGGCUCCACCUGUAGGGGAGACCCCACCAGUUCCUAGGCCGUCACAACCUCAGCCUUCAUCAGCGCUCCAGGCACAGAGCCAAGCCUCCACACUCAACUCAAGGCUGGCACUAGCUGAACUAGAGGAUGGACCUCAAAUGUAUGAAGCUAUGUACAACAUCCAGGCCAGGUCACAACAAGCCAGAGAUUCAGACUAUUCAGAGUUGCCCCCUCUGGCGAUGGCCAACGGUCCCAGAGACCACACAGCUGAGGACAGGGAAGAAGAGGAAAAUGGCUAUGACUUCCCAAAACCCCGGCUGCCGAUGCCCCCCGCCCGACGGACCUUUUCAGAACUGGGGGGGUCGUCUUCCUCCUCUUCAUCCUCCUCAUCAUGCUCAUCCUCCUUGGCUGCUUUCAGCCGCCUUUCCUUAGAUUCAGAUGCUGGAGCUGCAGCACCCUUCUCAGAGUCAGUGGAAGCACCAGAGAGACCUCCAAAGCCCCUGCCCAGACGAAUCAAUUCGGAGCGCCGACCCAGCCCUGUCCCGCCCAUCCCUGCUCCACCCAGUAGUGGAGCAAUGGGAGGAGAAGCCAACCCUCAAAUAAGUAGCGAGAUAGAGCACCUCAUGAGUCAGGGAUACUCUUACCAGGACAUCCAGAAAGCACUGAUGAUUGCACAGAACAAUAUUGAAAUGGCCAAGAAUAUCCUACGCGAGUUUGUCUCCAUUCCCUCCAACGCUCAUAUUCUUACAUAGCACACUCCUUGUGCCUCUCUUUCGUGUUUGCUCUCUCGCCCUCGCUUGGCCCAGCCUGGUUGGGUUUAGAUUGGCACAGGCCAGCCCAAAGCCCAAAGCCCAUUGCCUGCAGCACUGCCUCUGGUGCUGGCUGAUGCCCUACGCCCCUGUGGAUUUUAACUGGCUGUGACUCCAGCGAGCUCACAGCAUCUCUGGGACUCUGCGCCCUGCACUCCAUGCGCUUUCAACAGUGUCUGGCCUUCUUAAAACUGUUAUACAGCAGGCCUCUUCGUUUUCAAGAACAUCUCCGUGGGACUGACUGAGCACAUGUGGAGCAAUGACGGGACGCCACAUAACGCAAGACUUUGGUAGGAAUCCUGGGAAGAGAGAUUCUUAUCUUUCAUGUCGAAGCCUCUUGCUGAAAAUGUAACCAACACCUCACAAAUAAAACUAAAAAUGUAUGUCUAUAUGAAAAUUUAAUAUAUGAGUAAAUAUAUAUUAAAUGUGUGUAAUAUAUACAGUACGUGCAUAUACAGUAUGUGAAAAUGAUUUCAGCUUUGAGGGUCGCUGUUGGUACAAGCGAUAUGGGUAGACAGGGACCAGAUAAAAGGGGGGUUUGGCCCUCUGUCAGACUAAGGGAUGUGACAGUGUGGAGAAGUACAUGUGAGGAAGAGUCGGGGUGUCUUCCUCACCAGGAUGCGUCGGUCAGCAGCAGCUUAGAAGACAUGCAGCAGAGCUUUUCCGUGAUGAAUUCAGUCUGUUAUGGCCUUUGAUUAACAACUUUGCUUUGGUACUUUUUUUUUUUUUUUUUUUAAAAAAAAAUCCUCUUUUUUCUUUUUUUUUUUUUUUUUUUUUAAGUAGCAUGAUGAUGGUUUCAGGUCUGGACUGUUGUCUGGCAGUGUGUGUGUCCAUGUGUAAGUGUGUGUUUGUGUAUGUGAGCAUGCAUGUGCGCGUGUCUGCCAGACCUACUCCUCAUGACCUGCUCUCAAAUGAACCCCUGUUCCUGUACAACAUGAAUGUGGAAUUACAGUCAGUAUACUCAGACUCGUGCUCUGUAAACUUACUACUGCUCUAACUCAUAUGGCAGGGCUAAUGCGUAGCUGUAGAGUCUGGCAGUGAGAUUAUUAGAGGACGUACUAAUGUCGACAACCCUGCAGUACCAGACAGGCAAGUGUUGUGUGAUCCGUGGCGGCUGAAAUGUUUUCGUUCUGUCUUCGUCUAACUUCAUUGGCUGGCUGAUUCGGGUUUCUGCCUCCAGCUAAGUCCAGUGUUAUGAAACAAACAAAAAAAUUUUUUAUUGAUUUACUUUGGUAAUAUAUUAUUGUAAUAUGAUCAUAAAUAUUGUUAUUAUAAUUAAUUCAGAAGUGCUUCACUGCUGCUACUAUUGUUAGUGCUAAACAAUUAAGCCUUAAAUGUACAUUUGUGAAUAUUGUGUUUAACCGUCGUCCUGUUUCUUUAAAGUGACAGUAUCACCUGUGUUUCUCCAGUCCGUAAUGUAGCAUACUUGAAAGUACAAACGGCUUGUGAGAUUGCAGCCCUCUCAAGCUGUCAACUCUUCAGUGUUUUAAAAUCUUUUUUUUUUCAUUGUUUUUUUUUGUUUGUUUGUUUUGUUUUUUUUUUAGGUGGACUCUGUAUAGCAUCAGUAAUAAAGCAAACAAAAUGCUUUGGGUAUGGAAACCAGCCAUUUUGUAAUAGAUUCAGGCUUCUCUUUCACAUCAGCUUCCUUUCUCCGUGGAGUUCGCCCCACUGAAAGGGAAUGAGGCUUUUUUAAAAAGUAGGCUCAUGGGUUUGCUGGCCCACCCCCAAGUCUACUUUGAAAUCAGUAUUUGGGCCGACUGUAAGAACUAACUCAGGAAUAAUGUUUUAUCUGAACACGUGGCGUUCACCCUGGCUGUCAAAAAAAAAAAUGGAGGAGAUUCAUUGGCAUAGACAGCAGCUCAUCUGUUAGCUGUCUGUUCAUCCAGGUGACAUGUAGCCAAAUGUAUCCGCUUAAUGAAGUCACACAAGUAGCCUAUUACUUAUUCUUUUUUUGUCACAUUAUAACUUGCACAUUUUUCGUAUAAUUUCCAAUAUUUACAGGACUAGAGACAGCAGCUUCAUUUCCAGGUACUAUGAAUGAAUAAGAAAUGAAUGCCAGGAGCUUUUAGGUACAUUGACUUGAACCUCUCCCAGCAUAUGAAGAAUGUUGUUUUUUGGGAGGGUGUACAUGACAUGUCAAUAGCUAAUCAGCCAUAGCUCAUUCUGGGUAAUGCUAUGUAUUGACUGGAACCUAUCUCCACACUGUCUGGCCAUCCUCUAGUUCUUUUGUUUCUGUUCCUAGUUGCCUUGAGAAACUUCUUGAAUGAUAGGUAAUGGAUUGGGAGGUCCCCGAUCCUCAAUACUGUACCAAUGUUUUGUUGAUGUUUUUGAGGACAGCCUUAUCGUGUAUUAUUUACCUUUUUAUUUUUGUUCGUUUUUUCGCACAGUACACCAAUUUGUGCUUUGAUACUGUCACUCUAAAGAAAAGCACAUUGUAUAAAGUUAGUAAUAUGAAAAGAAAAAAAUUGCUGUUUUAUUUCAUUUUGCAUUCCUGUACAUGUAUUUUGUUCCAAAGGUUUUGUUUACUUAUGUGAAUAAUUCUCUGUGAGCAGUGCCAUAUGUUUAGAGAUCCUCACCAUGUUUAGAAUAAGGCCUUGUUUUUGAAGAGAGUUUGUAGGUAUUGUAGGUAUAUGUACCUGUUGAUCUCUGAAGGCAAGAUUGUGCAGUAUUGCUUGUAUUAAUCUGUCCCCUCUGAAUCGUCAGCCGCAUCUUAGAGAACAAGCACUGGUCUGUGUCCCAGGUCAGUUCUCAGCCUCAGUGAUGCUAGAUGUGUACCAGCACCCAGUUGUGUUAAGUCCCUCUGCUGGGGUACUUCAACUUUCUGCCAGAAGAGGGAGCUGUUGUUCCAUGUAGCUGUGUUGCUUCUCAUCAGUAAAAGGCAUUCAUUAACUUUUUGAUGGUUUUUAAAGCUCAUAUCACUUUGGAAGUAUGCACAGUGCUGUUAAUAAAAAUGAUAAGCAAAA